AUGGCGACCACUGUCGGUAAGUUACCCGAGUUCCAACAAGAGGACGGUAACUUCGAGGUAUACCUGGAGCGGUUCGAAGUAUUUGCCGCGGCCAAUGACAUCGCGGAAGACAAGAAGCUUCCAAUCUUUCUCCCGGCUAUAGGUGAGAAGGCCUACGUCACGCUUCGGAGCUUGCUGCUGCCUAAAACACCAGCUAAGACGUCGUUCACGGAAGUUGUGGACGUUCUGAAGAAGCAUUACGCUCCCAAGCGCUCCGUGGUCACCGAAAGGUAUCGUUUUCACCAGCGAAAGCAAGAGCCGCAUGAGACUGUCGCAGACUUUAUAGUCGAAUUGAAGAAACUCGCGGCAACAUGCGAAUUCGGUGCCUUUUUGACCGAAGCAUUGCGUGACCGGCUCGUCGCUGGAAUACGUACCGAGGGAGUACGGUGCAGGCUAUUGGCAAUGCCAGACAAGGAAGUAACGUGGGAACGCGCAUGCAGCGUAGCCAUGGCCAUGGAAGCGGCAACACAAGACACGAAAGAAAUGCUGCAAACCAGUUCUAAAGGAGCAGCUGUAGAAACGGAGGACAUCUACUGGCAACGGAAAAUCUCACAACCGAGUAAAGCACCUUCGAGGGAAGCGCCGACGCAGUCCAGCUGGGACAAGGAAAAUGGGGCAGCGAAAGAACAAACGAAAAGAAUGUGUCAUCGUUGCGGAGGACAGCAUUCACCCGUGAGUUGCCGAUUUCUGAACAGUAGCAAGUGCGAAGAAAUCUUCUACUUUUCAGCACUAAACGACUUGCCUUUAACGUCAAAUGAUGUCAGUCGAGAAACAGGAUGCGAUAAAGAGCUGAGGGCUGUACGCGACAUGAUCUGGCAUGGAUGGCCCAAGACCGUGUCUGAGCAGCUAAAGCCGUUCUGGGUACGCCGGCUCGAGCUCAGUGUAGACAACGGCACAGCAAACCGGACGCACGUCCGGUUGAUCGCCCUGCUUUCCCUCGUUCUGUUCUGA